UCGCGAUCUCCCAGGAUCCUAAUCGUUAUGUCCGGCAGAAAGAACAUAGUGGUCCUCGGCGCUGGUGUUGUCGGCCUUACAACUGCACUGCUGAUCCAGGAGAAGGGGGGUUAUGAUGUGACCAUCAUAGCGGAGACGUUCCCCAGUGAUCCGAAGACCAUCAAAUACUGCAGCCAGUGGGCUGGUGGCCACCAUGUCAGUUUCGCUAAUGGCGAUCCGAAAAUGCAAAAAAUCGACUCGGAUACUUUCAAGGUAAUGUGGGAGCUCUCUGCUCCAGGAGGGGAUGCAGAAGGUUGCUUCCUGCGCAUCCACGAGACCGAGUUCUUCUAUGACGGCAGAGACGCUCAUUUGGACUGGAUGCCCGACUUUAAAGUCUUGUCGCAGGAUGCGCUUGUGCCUGAGGCAAAGACCGGCAUAUCGUUCACGACGUUGACCUUCGACGGUCCCAAGUACCUCAACUAUUUGCUAUCCCGAUUUCUUGCCCACGGAGGCAGCAUCGUCAGAGCCAGCAUCCAGCACAUCAAUCAGCUCAUCGAGGGCGGGGUUGAUAUCUUCCGUGGCCGUCUCACGCCGUCCCCCGUAGACGCGUUGGUACUUUGUCCCGGACUGGGAGCGCGGACGCUGGGCGGCGUCGAGGACCAGGAGAUGUAUCCCGUUCGUGGGCAGGUCGUGUUGCUCCGUGCACCUUGGGUGAAGUUCGGACGUACAGCCAGUCACACGGAGGAAGGUGUGUGGACUUAUAUCAUCCCGCGGCGUAGUGGAGAGAUUGUGUGCGGAGGGACCAAGUUAGAGGGCGAUUGGUACCCAGCGCCAAGACCGGAAACUACAGAAGAUAUCUUGCAGCGCUGCCUGGCCCUCUGUCCAGAACUUGCACCACCCGAAGUUCGGGCCCAACGCGCACCGACUGUGGAUGACCUGCGGGCUUUGAUCAUUGAGGUUGGAGUUGGCUUGCGCCCAGCUAGGAAGAGCGGACUCAGACUCGAGACGGUUUGGGUUUCGGCCUCUAUCGAUGGUCGCAAGCUUCCAGCAGUUCUCAACUAUGGGCAUAGCGGUUCUGGGUUCCAGUCGUCCUGGGGAUCGGCGAUAAUCGCUCUGGACUUGUUGGAGGAGGCGCUAAGAAGCUCAUGAACUAAUACGCACGCCGUCGGAAGUUAGACCGGGAAACGCAAGAUAGUCCGCCGAGACUCGAUGGGGCGAACGUUUCCCAUUCUACGGCCUGUCCUGUAGCUUCUUGAUACUGUUGCUGUGUGAUCUCACAAGUAAUGCGACGUUUUUGGAAAGAGUCAG